UCCGACCCUUGCACUUCCGCCUCCGGCUCCAGCUGCCUACCAACCUGGCCAACUAUCUCCUCGCCAGAUGCCUCUGCCCGCUUGUAUGAGCUAUCCCAGGCACGCGGUUCCUCCUCAUGUCCCAGGUCUUUGUGAUCCCAGGGCACCUCCUCACGCUGAAGAGGCCGAUUACGCUACCCGAGCUCUAUAUGAUGCUACGGUCAAGAUAUACUUUGAGAACUGGAGCUAUCAAGAUUCGUUGAGCCGAAUUGGGUCCUCAUCCCGCAUGGUUUUUAACUUUGUCGAAGCGUACAGCCGAAUUGCCGAUGAGCAGCACGGAGCUCACCUCAUCCCCGAAAGACUGCCGACGGGACAGGAAGUUAGCGACAUGCUCAGCAACAUUGACAUCAUUAAGCGUUCUCUGGAACAAGUGAGAGACUUGGUGCAAACAUCAAUUCAGAACGAGCGAACUUGUGAAGGAGCCAAGUUGAACGGCCCCAACGAAGAGGAGCACGACGUGCCUAGGCACAGAGAUGCAAUGAAGCCCCAGUAUGGUAUGACGGAGGUCAAGAAGGGACGAAGGGUAAGGCUCGUCACGCGAGGAAAACAAGACAAAGCUCACGUGAACGUUGGCAGCGUGCGGUUCCACCUGGCGGAUGCCAUAGCUGCGACCGAAUCGACACCCCUGAAUGGCGACGCGGACCUGAUGGAGGGAGGACGUUGUGCAAUGCAUGCGGCCUCCACUAUGCAAAAUUGUUAAGGAAACUAUAACUUGAAGCGAUGUCGAUCCGCCCGAAACCCGAAGAAGCAUAUCAACCAUGAGGCUCGCACACGGUCCCCUAAGACUUGACCCAUGAGCAGUCCAGCUACAUCUACUGUACCAGUUACCAGCAGUAGUUUGACGACGUACACGGUUUUCGUCCGUGCGCGGUAUGAAGCUCUUCGCCUUAACAACUC